ACAAUGAAUUGAGGGAUUGAGGAUUGAGUGCAUUGCAAGGCCAUAGUGCAUUACGCUAAAAGCAUUUAUCCAACAUUUAUCGGUAUCGACAUUGCCCCUGCUGGUUGCGUGCUGGUUGUCAUUUAUUAGAAUAUGAGCUCAGCAGGUAGAACUGAUUACUUUUGAGCCAUCAUGUCCACACCAACAUCGGGCGGCACAGUGUCCCGGCUGGCACUGAAGCAGACGCCACUGGACACAUGGUCCACACGGGAGCACCUGGCCCUGGCUUCUGCAGUGGUGCGCAGUGGCGACCAGAACUGGAUGUCGGUCAGCCGGGCCAUGCGCGGCCUGGCCGACCCGGGCCGGCCGCCCGACUGGUGCUCUCAGAAGAACUGUGCCCAACAGUACACCCGUCUGCUCGAGCUGGUCGACACACCGCGACGAAAACGGGAGCGUGGCGAGACUAACGACACACCCGGCGAGAGCAUCGUGCGUAAACUGCGCCAGGACAGGACGGACGAGCUGCGCCGACAGGUCACCGAGACGCGGACGGCGUACGCGGCGCUCAAGGCGCAGAUCCGCCAGCUGCGCUCAGGUCAGCUGGAUGCCAAGCUGGACGAGAUCCAGCGGGAGAUCCAGGCGGAGAAGGACGCCGACGCUCAGGAGCAGGAGCGCCAGCGGCAGUGGCUGGCCGACCGCGAAGCACAGAAGCUGGCCGUGCAGCAGGCGCUGCGCGCGCAGGUGACCAAAGCGCCGCCGCCGCCGCCGAAGCGCCGGAAGCUGACGCUGGACCGGCGGGACAGCAGUCCGUCCGAGACGGGCUCGGCGCUCUCGGAGGCGGACUUUGCCGACAGCCCGGUGUCGGAGGCGCCGGCAGCGGAGGUGAGCGGCGACGAGGCCAGUCGUGACGCCGCCGACCAGCGCCCGGCGCCGGCCUCGCCGCUGCUCACCUCUCUUCUGCGCUCACCGUCUUCAGGCCGACCGGCCGCAGCCGAGUCGAGCACCGUCACGCCGCCGGCCGGCUCUUCGACGCUGUCCCGUCUGUUGGAGCUGCCGCCCGGCUCGGCCGGUCUGCCGAGGACGAACCUCUUCCCCGAACAGAACGGGGAGACGACGGAGCAGAAGACCCCGACGGAAGUGAAGCAGGAGAGGACGGAGACGGCACCGGCGGAAACUCCGACGCCGACUCCGACCCCGACUCCGACCCCUACUCCGACUCCGACUCCGCCCCAGCGGGCCGAGCCGGCCGUCGAACCGGCCGUGACGCCUGAGACGGUGAAGUCGGAGCCAGCGCCGGCGGCGGAGAGAAGCUCUUCAAAGGAGGAGAGCAAGGACGGUGGAACGUCGAAUGUUGCAGUGAGUAAGCCAGCCGUUCCAGCUGCCACGGCCGCCACCUCUGCUACCAUCAUUGUUGCGUCGACUACCGCAACCUCAGUCACAGCAAGCUCGACCUCUGGAAGCAUCGCCAGCGCCGCCGCCACUGUAACUGUCCCUGCUCCCACCGCUGCUGCUUCUACUGGAGCCGCAGCUGGCACCAAUACCGCCACCGCCACCGCUGGCACGACUGCCACGACGUCUACCGCUAUCGCCAGUACCGAGACACGAGUGAGCGCUGCCGCCGCUCCAUCUAAAGCUACUGAGGAGAGCGCUCCUGUCGCUGUCACUGCACCAACGCCAGACCCACCGGCCGCAAAGAAAGUCACCGCGGCUCAAUCAAAAACUCAGCGAGUGUCCGAAUCAGAGACCAAAUCUGCCUCCGAAACAGCGCAAAAAGAGGUUAAGACUGAGCCGGAAUCGGACCCGAAGCCGAAAUCGAAACCUGCUGAGCCCGCCCCGAUGGAGGUGGAGACGCCACAGGAGCCUGCGCCGGUGACGAGCGAGAUAAUCGCCGUCUCCGUCGCUGCCGGUGGUGACGGCGACGGUCCCCGAGCGCCGACCGUCCCGACGCCGGCCGUGAUAAAGCAGGAGCCCGUCGAGGCUGAGGAGGAGCCGGCUCCGGCGCCGGAGCCGGCCGCCGCGGCCACCUCUCCUCCCAAGGAGGCGGCGCAGUCUGUCGAGGAGCCGCCGCCGCGUCCCCCGCCUCCUCCCGUGAAGGAGGAGCGUGACGAGAGUGACGCCGAGUCGGCCACCUCUCUGGGUCCGGUGGUGCGCGCGCGCAGUGUCUCUGCGCGCAGUGAGCCUGCCUCGCAGGAGUCUGUGCCCAGCAGCCCGGCGUCUGGCGUGCUCAGUGGCGAUGACGAGGAGCGACGCGACUACAAACUCUGGAAGAAGUCCAUCCUACUCUUGUGGCGUGAGUUUGCUGCUCACCGACACGCCUCCAAGUUCGCGAGGCCAAUCACGAACGAUCAGGCGAGUAACUACCGGGCCAUCGUCAAAAUGCCCAUGGACCUUGCACAGCUCAAACGCAAUGUGGAGAGCGGAGUCGUGACAACCACGGCGCAGUUCCAGCGUGACCUGAUGCUCAUGUUCUGUAACGCAAUGAUGUUCAACUCCACUGACCAUGAGGUACACCGGUUCGCGCGUGAGAUGCAGGCUGAGUGUGUGGAAAAACUACAGCUUCUGACUCAGGGAGAUCAGCCAGCGAGCACGCCCAUCAAACGGCGGGAGACUCGCGAGUCAUCACGCGAUGAGAUGAAGAGGAAGAGAUCGACGGACGAGCGGCCCACGCCGACCAGGAAGAGACGAUAGGGGGAGACGGGGAGACGGCCGUGAUGGAGACACGGAGACGGAGACUCAGAGCUGACGGGACUGCUGGUGAGUGGUGAGUGUGUACUGAGUGAGUGAUGAGUGCGCACUGAAUGUGUGUGAAGUGCGCACCGAAUGAUUGAAUGGUGAGUGAGUUGUUGGAGUGGUGUUUGAAGUGUAACAGUCCUCACUCUGAGAACUUUGGGGCUGUUGUCUAUUCGUUGACAGGACUGGAUAGACACUGGCUCGAUGUUGGACACAUUUUGCGUAUGGCGAGGACGAUUGAGCACGAUCCCGGCCCGGACAAACAAGGCUUCCUGCUCAUUUCGCCCAGUUAAACUGAUGUUCGUACCCGAUGUGAAGCAUUAUUUGCAUUUUCUCGCGUUCGGCUGUCAAUUAGGGUAGUAUCAUAAUCAUUGUGUUGCUCUGCCUUGGAUUUGUUCACACAGCCCUUCCAAUACAUUCAUUCUACUCAA